AUGAAGUUGAACAUCAGCUACCCUGCCAAUGGCAGCCAGAAGCUCAUCGAUAUUGAGGAUGAGCGCAAGCUCCGUGUCUUCAUGGAGAAGCGCAUGGGCGCUGAGGUUCCUGGUGACUCCAUCGGCGAUGAGUUCAAGGGCUACAUCUUCCGCAUCACUGGUGGAAACGACAAGCAGGGUUUCCCCAUGAAGCAGGGUGUCAUGCACCCUACCCGUGUCCGCCUCCUCCUCUCCGAGGGCCACUCUUGCUACCGUCCCCGACGCACCGGCGAGCGCAAGCGAAAGUCUGUCCGUGGCUGCAUCGUCGGCAUGGAUCUCUCUGUCCUCGCCCUCAGCAUUGUCAAGCAGGGUGAUGCUGACAUCCCCGGCCUCACCGACGUCGUCCACCCCAAGCGUCUCGGCCCCAAGCGCGCCACCAAGAUCCGCAAGUUCUUCGGCCUCACCAAGGAUGACGAUGUCCGCAAGUACGUUAUCCGACGAGAGGUUCAGCCCAAGGGGGAGGGCAAGUCUCCUUACACCAAGGCUCCCCGCAUCCAGAGACUCGUCACCCCUCAACGUCUCCAGCACAAGCGUCACCGCGCUGCCCUCAAGCGCCGCCAGGCCGAGAAGGUCAAGGACGAGGCCAACGAGUACGCCCAGAUCCUUGCCAAGCGUGUUGCUGAGGCCAAGGCCAAUAAGGCCGAUGCCCGUAAGCGACGAGCAAGCUCUAUGCGCAAGUAG